AGUUGGAACAGAAAAUCGAUCUUGACCAAACAAAUGUGUAUCUUGAAGCAUACAGUUCCAAGAAGCUAGCCAAAUUGGGUCUUGCAAUUGUCAAUUUGGUUAUUGAUAAUAUUCGAACUGGCUUGGGAGGGAAGACCAUCAUAGAUUUGGUGAUAGAUCCAGCUUUGGGGAGCGAUAAGGAAAUCGAACUUGGAAGCAUAAGGGUUGGUGAUAUAGUUAAAUUGGAUAAAAUGGCAGGACUGGGGACGAAGGAAGAGCUGAAUGAAGACAAUGGCAAAGAUGAUGAGUUAAGCGGAGUUAUUACUAGAAUCAAUUCCAAAUCUGUGUGCAUGUCAGUUGACGAAGAUACCAACGAUGACAAAGUUUUGAACAUGUAUAACAAUACAGCAAGUGAUAACAAUAAAAUGUGGAUUGUCAAGUUAACCAAUUCGAUAACGUACAAGAGAAUGAUAAUAUCGAUGAAUAAACUACGUGAUUUGGAGUCUAAACCUGAUCUCAUCCAACUUUUACUAGGUGAAACUCCAUACUACUCUUAUAAUAAUCAAAAAAAAUUGAAUGAGAAGGACUUUUUCAACCAAAGCCUCAACCAAUCCCAGAAAGAAGCUAUUGAGUUCUCCAUCAACAGUCCUGUCACUAUCAUUCAUGGUCCUCCAGGGACAGGAAAAACAUUCACCAUCAUUGAGAUAGUUCAACAGCUUGUGACCAACCACAAUGAACGGGUCCUUGUUUGUGGACCUUCCAAUAUAUCUGUCGACACGAUACUUGAAAGGUUGGCCCCAACUUUCACAGAAUCUUCGACUAAACGUAAAAAAAAGUCAAAAGAAGCAUCAGGCCAGGUCAUCCGAAUUGGACACCCUGCCCGACUUCUUGGUGCCAACUUACAGCAUUCCUUGGACAUAUUGAGUAAGGGUACCUCAAAUGACAUUCUUGCUGAUAUUGAAGGCGAUAUCAAAGAAACAUUGACUAAAAUCAAAAAGUGUAAAAGAAGAGUUGAGAGAAAAGCUCUUUACCAAGAAUUGAAACAAUUUAAGAAGGAAUUAAGAGGACGGGAAAAGAAAAUCAUCAAAGAUCUUCUUGUUGCAUCCAAAGUGAUUACUAGUACCCUUCAUGGAGCUGGAUCUCGAGAACUCCUUUCCGUAUAUGAUGACAAGGUGUUUAAUAAGGAGAACCCAUUUUUCCACACCAUAAUAAUCGAUGAGGUAUCACAAUCGUUAGAGCCCCAAUGUUGGAUCCCUCUUAUAAACCAUCUUGGAAUCAAAAGGCUUAUCAUUGCUGGGGAUAAUAUGCAACUUCCUCCUACCAUCAAAACCCUCGACUCGGCCGUCAAAAUCGAUAAGAAAACCACUGCAAAUCUAGAAGUCACCUUGUUUGACCGGCUUGUGAAAUACGUCGAGGGCAACAAGUACAAGAAGUUGCUUGACAUUCAGUACCGUAUGAAUGAAGAAAUAAUGCAGUUCCCAUCUCAGGAACUAUAUGAAGGGAAGCUUCAAGCGUUCAAAGACAAUGCUUCCAUCUCACUUGUAGACCUACCCAACGUGGAAAGGGAUGACGACACUGAGCUUAAGUGCAUUUGGAUGGACACUCAAGGAGGCGACUUCCAAGAGCAAAUGAACGAAGACGAGAACAAUUCCAAGUUUAACGAAUAUGAAGCGGCAUUGGUGAAUCAGCAUCUCAAAAAGCUUACUCUGUUGCAGGUAGCACCCCAAGAUAUAGGGGUGAUAUCUCCGUAUAAUGCCCAAGUGUCUCUACUUAAGCGGAUCAUAAACAACCCUGCUGUUGAAAUUAGUACGGUGGAUGGAUUCCAAGGAAGAGAGAAAGAAGUGAUUAUUAUAUCUUUGGUGAGGUCGAACUCGUCAAAUGAGAUUGGAUUUCUCAAGGAGAGAAGAAGAAUGAACGUGGCAAUGACUCGGCCCAAACGGCAACUUUAUGUGGUGGGAGAUCUAGAAUUGCUCUCGGGGUCUACCGAGUAUUUGAAGCAUUGGUGCCAAACGGUCGAGGCCCACUAUGACAUUCGAUAUCCCGAGAUCGAAUAUUAAUAGGCAGCCGGAUGAGGCCAAUUAUUUCACCGAAUUGGAAACCCGGGAGGUUAUAUAUCUGUUCCUAUUUGAGACCUAAUGGAACCUUGAACCGAAAGUUUUCUGGGCUGUGUUCUGGUGAAGCUUUUAGCGCUCGUGUUAAAAAAGUUACGAUACUAUUUACAAAUGUAUCAAAAUGAACCCGAGACAUGACUGGGAAUGAGACGAGCAUUUUUUAUCAGGUGCAUUCUUUCCUCUAGCGCCUACACGAAUUAAUAAUAUGUACCUUAAAAGUAAAGCGCGCCAAAUGGGCCGUUAUGAACUUCUCCACGAACGCGAAAUAACUUCUCGUGUAGCUCCUUCUUUUUGAAUAGUAGGCGAUGCAUCAAUUGUGCAGGGAGAAUUAUGUGAAUGAAUGUAACCUAAACAUUUGUAUUGUACAUAGAGUUAA